AUGGCGACCCCAUCCAUGCCCGCUCGUGGAGAUCGAACGGCCCCGACCUUUGACCCCCAUCAACCCCGCGAAUUGAGACGAUAUUUCUCCGAUCUGGACUUCCACUUUGGUCGGUCUGCGGUAGGGGACGAACAAGAAAGAAAGAAACACGCUUGCCGAUUCCUAGAUGUCGACACCUGUGAGCUUUGGGAAUCGCUCACCACUUUCACCGACGCCACGAAGACCUUCAAGGACUUCUGCGAAGAGGUCUACAGGCUGUACCCCGGAUCGGAGGAAGAACGCAAAUGGUCGGUAUCGGAUAUGGACAAACUAGUCGGCGAAACGAGCAGGGUCGGCAUCUUGUCCCUCAGCGAGCUCGGCGACUAUCAUCGGCGAUUCCUGGUGAUCACGGUAUUUCUCCUCAGCAAGGCACGAAUCUCAGUCGCCGAACAAGGACGCGCCUUCGCUAGAGGAUUCCAACCGGAGCUAUGGGCAAGGAUCUCUCAACGUCUACAACUCAAGUUCCCCGAUCAUUUCCCAGACGACCCAUACAACCUCCAGGACAUCCACGACGCGGCCCGAUUCGUCUUGCACGGCACCACGGCUGCCUACAGCGCUACCCCUACCGACAUCUCUCGAGCAGCCCCCGCCGCGCCGCCCACCAACGCGAUCAAGGCCGAAGACCUGGCGACCAUGUUCGAACGGCUCACCGACACCUUUGUCAAGGCCAUCACAGCUCAGGGGACGUCCAGGCCAGCCGAUCGACCAUCCCGACAGCCAGGACAAGGCGGCGACAACUGCAUGUUCUGCGGCAGUCCCGAACACUUCAUGCGCGCCUGUCCCGAGGUCACCGAAUACAUUCGGAUCGGAAAAUGCAAGAGGAAUAUCGAGGGGAAGGUUGUAUUGUCAAGUGGGGCAUUCGUACCCAGAGAAAUCACGGGUAGUAACCUGAAGGACCGAGUUGACGAAUGGCACCGCAGGAAUCCAGGCCAGCUUGCGACCGGACAGAUGAUGUUUACGGUAAACGCGGUGCCGACUCACCCGAUGACAAUAGCCUCCCGUCACGAUUCACCCUCAUUGCUGGAUGUCACCCCGACUUACCAACUCACCGAUGUCCAGCGAAUCGCGAGCCUCGAACGCGAACUAUUCGCGCUCCGAACGCGGGGCACAAGGGCACGCGAAAUGGCGCAGACAGGACGUUCGGCACCUACCCCUUCACCGGUCGCCGAACGACGAGCGAUGACCGAAACUCCCGAACCCGAACCCUGA